AUGACUCAAAAAGCUAUCAAGGGGAGUGUCUUGUCUAACUACCUUGCCCAUCAACAUGUAGAGGGUUACCAACCGAUCAAGUUUGACUUUCCCGACGAGGACAUCAUGUUCAUCAGAGACUGCAAUAUUCCAGGCCCGGACGAAGGACCCGAACCAGGAGUGCGAUGGGCGCUCGUGUUCGACGGUGUCUCUAAUGCAAAAGGCCAUGGAAUAGGAGCAGUUAUUACAUCUCUGACUAGUUUUCAGAUUUCAUCCACCACCAGAUUAUGUUUUGACUGCACAAACAACAUGACAAAAUAUGAAGCAUGCAUAUACGGUAUUGAACCAAUCACCAAUUUAAGAGUCAAUAUUCUUGAAGUGUUUGGAUACUCUACCUUAGUAGUCAGUCAAGUACGAGGAGAUCGGGAAACUCGGGAUAAGAAGUUGAUUUCGGAAGAGAAUCGGUUAGCUUAUGCUCUAGCUACUAUUUCAUCCAUGUUUAAAGUCAAUUGGAAGAACGAAGCACCUGUCAUCCGCAUUGACCACUUGGAUGAACCAACACAUUGUAUAGCAAUGGAGGCCGAAUCUGACGAUAAGCCUUGGUUCUAUGACAUUAAGAGACAUCUGGAAAGACAUGAAUAUCCCGAGAAAGCAUCCAUCCCAGAUAAUAAGGCUUUGAGAAGAUUUUCUUCUAAGUUCUUUUUGAAUGUGGAUGUUUUUAGACAAGAGGAAUUAUGA